UCUAAUCGAACGAAAAAAAAAUCAUCAUCCAAUGCCUGCUUCUCCACCACCGCCACAUAAUCUUCUCUGCACAAAAUGGCGACACCUCUUUCUAACUCACUGCUCCUCUCCAAAACCACUUCUCUCCAUUUGUCUUCUGCAAAGCAGUGUGGCAUUGUUAUUUUUUAACGUGACAGGCUCUUGUCUAAAGUCAAUAGAGCAAAGUGUAUGCCCCACCAAAGUGUGCUUCAAUCGAAGGCAUGCCAGAAACCCAUCUACAUCUCGAAGCUCAUUUGCUAUUCAGUCACAAUACAGUGAUGAUGGAAGGUCAAGCAGUGCUGGGAUAUUUGUUGGUGGUUUCGUUCUAGGAGGAUUAGUUGUCGGUGCACUUGGAUGUGUGUUUGCACCUCAGAUCAGCAAGGCUUUAGCUGGAGCCGAUAGGAAAGACCUCAUGAGGAAACUGCCCAAGUUCUUAUAUGACGAAGAAAAAGUCCUGGAGAAACAACGCAAGAUACUUGCGGAAAAGAUCGAGCAGCUUAACUCUGCUAUAGAUGAUAUUUCUGCUCAGUUGAGGUCUGAAGACAACCCAAAUGGAGCAGCUGUGAACACUGAUGAAGUUGAAUCUGCUGUAUAAUAGGUUUCGGAUUAAGAAGCUAAUGCCAUACUUGUUUAGAAGAUUUAAGGGCAUUGUGAAAAUGUUCCUGUUUGUGCUUAUAGUGUCCAUUGGUAAUCACUAUCUGAUGAAUUCUAAAUUUCUGAAUAAAAUGUGUAUUUUGUAUCGCU